GAAUGGGAGCAGGGAGCCAAGGGGAGCUCUGAGCUCUCUCUCUCUCUAGCAAAGCUUGAUUGUUUAGUCCUGAGAGGAACCGAGAAAAUACUCAGCUGUGCAUCUUGCGGGCGCGAACAAGGCCGGCUUCGUUUCGAAAAAAAUAAAGAAGCGGAGUCCCCGACAAACUGAAGAAUAAGGCUGAAAAGGGCUUCCAAGGAGGCGACUUUUUUCUUUCCAUCACAUGCGUUCGCUCCAAAGUGGUGAGAUUGAUUGAAUAAAUUAAUGGGCGAACAGUAAACUAAUGUUUCUUUGGAUAAAUAGUAGCGAAAUUGGGAAAAAUUUUGAAAAUAAAGCAUUUUGGAUUCAAAUACCACACGCCGAUCGUCUUCUCUGUCGACAUUCCCCACAUCCCUCACGCGUUCCUCUCUUUCGGGUAUUAAUGCCCUCUGGGUUUGAUUUUGUUGUUUUUCCUUUAAAAAAUGGCUUUUUUGGUUGUGAUUCUGUUGGGUUUUCCACGGAAAGAUGAGAUUUUGGGGUGAUGAGUAGGGUUCUUCUGGGGUUGUAGAUUUUUGAUCUUGUGGGGUUUUCUUUAGGGUUUUGGUUGGAUGAUUAAGUUCUUUCUUGAUCAGUGAAAUUAAGGGUUUUUAUUUCAAUCUGAUCUGGUGAUGAUUUCUCGUUUGAAAUGGUUGGAUCUUUUGGGGCAUUUGCUGCUGGUGAUCCGUGGAGGAAUUGAAGUGGUGGUGGGUAUGGAGAUGGAGUCCAAGUGCCAUUUUUCUGUUAAAUGGUCGAGGUAGCAAGAUGGAUCGCCGCAGUUGGCUUUGGAGGCGGAAGUCGUCCGAGAAGAGCCCCAGUGAUUCUGAGAGCUCGGGAUCGAUGUCGUCUCAUUCUGAGAGGUGCUCAGAUGAUCAGGAGGCAAUGAAGGGUUCUCCAAAUAAUGCUUCCCCAAAUCAUGCCCAAAUGCUAGAGGUUUCAUCAAAUAUUGGUGAUAGUGAAGUCCAUGAAACUGCGAAGAGUUUGACUGAGAAAUUGUCAGCUGCUCUUCUGAACAUCCGUGCUAAAGAGGAAUUGGUCAAGCAACAUGCAAAAGUUGCAGAAGAAGCUGUUUCAGGCUGGGAACAGGCAGAAACUGAAGUUUCAGCUCUGAAGCUGCAACUUGAAGCUGCAAACAAGAAAAACUCUGCUCUUGAAGAUAGAAUUGAACACCUUGAUGAUGCCCUCAAGGAAUGUGUCAGGCAGCUCCGCCAAGCAAGAGAGGAGCAAGAGGAGAAAGUCCAUGAUGCUGUCAUUAGCAAGACCCGUGAGUGGGAAUUGGAGAAGCUUGAGCUUGAGAAGCAGCUUGUUGAGUUCAAAGCGCAACUGCAAACUGCGAAAUCUGAAGCUGCUGCAGCAGUUGACCUUGGUCUUCAGGCAAAACUUGACGCCUCUAAGAAAGAAAAUGCAGCUCUCAAGGUUGAAAUAUUCUCUCAAUCUGAGGAUCUCCGGAUGCUGACUUUAGAAAGGGAGCUGAGUAAUCAAGCAGCAGAGACAGCCAGCAAGCAACAUUUAGAGAGCAUAAAAAAGGUUGCUAAACUUGAAGCUGAAUGUUGUAGGUUACGGUAUCGAGCACAUAAAACAGUACCAGUUAACGACCACAAGCCUAUUGCAAAUUCAAUUUAUGUGGAAUCUGUUACAGAUAGCCAAUCAGAUAGUGGGGAACGGUUGCUUUGUAUGGAAAAUGAGUCAGGCUGCUCGGAUUCUUGGGCAUCGGCUUUAAUUGCUGAACUUGAUCAGUUCAAGAAUGAUAAGGCCAGUGAAAGAAACCUCACUGCUUCUGUGGAGAUUGACCUAAUGGAUGAUUUCCUUGAGAUGGAGAGACUUGUUGCUUUGCCUGAGGCUGACCAUAUAAGCUCUAGCAUUGAGCUUGAAGCUGAUUCUGAGCGAGUUGAUAUGAGAGAUAGCCCACUGAAAGCUGAAGCUUUGCAUCAGCAGUUGGCUGAAUUGGAAGAAAAGAUUGCGAAAAUGGGAAGUGAGAAAGCAGAAUUGGAGAUGGCUUUAGUUGAUUCACGAAAUCAGUUCGAGACUUCUUGCAAUCAGCUUGGAGUUGCUGAGGAUAAGUUGCUUGAACUGCAGAGGCAGCUAGACUUGGCCAAUGAAUCAAAACAAGUGGCCACAGCAGAAGUGGUGGCUGUGGAGGCAAAGAGGAAGGCACUGGAGUCUCAGCUAGAAUCAGCAGAACUGGAGGUCAGAAAGCUAUAUGAUAAGGUGUGUUUGUUAGAAGGAAAAGUUGAGGGUGAGAAGACACUGUCUGCAGAACUUAAAGCUAGUGUAGAGGCUGCAGAGGCUGCUAAAAGGGUAUCGGAAUCUCAGCUUGACUCAGCUCAUCUGGAAGUUGGCAGUCUGCGUGAAAUGGUGGGUCUAUUAGAAAGCAAGGUGGAGGAGGAGAGGGCAUCAUCUACAGAAUUUGCAGCUAGCGUACAGGCUGUAGAGGCUGCAAGAAGGGCAUUAGAGUCUCAGCUUGAGUCUGCACAUUUGGAAGUAAGCAAGCUUCGUGAGAAGGUGGGUUCCUUGGAAAUGAAAGUUCAGGAGGAGAGGACAAAAUCUGCUGAAUUUGCAACUAAAAUAGAGGCUGUGGAGGCAACAAGAGAGGCAUUAGAAUUCCAGAUUGAGAUGGCACAUUUGGAAAUAGGACGGCUGCACAAUAAGGUGGAUUUAUUAGAAAUGCAAGUUAGCAAGGAAAAGGAAUUAACUGCAGAAUUUGCAGCCAAGUGUCAGAAAUUGGAGAGUGAGAUAUCAAGGAUAAAGCGAGAAGCUGAACUCUGGCAAGUUACAAGCUUUGGAGACCUGAAGAUUAAAAAGGAGAAAGAGCUUGCUGUGGCUGCUGGGAAGCUGGCAGAGUGCCAGAAAACAAUUGCCUCUCUUGGCCAGCAAUUGAAAUCACUGACAGCUUUAGAUGACUUCAUGCUUGAAGCUGAGAAGCUAGAACCUAAUGAAUGCUCGCCAGAUCUUAUAUUUCAUUCUAGCAGUUCCUCAGAGAAGAUGCACAGCUAUACUCUUCCCAGUGGCAAAGAGAGGGGGUCUCCACUGUCUUCGGUCUUGUCCUCAUCCUCUACUCUUCCUGGGUUUACAAGCUUCUUGUCUCGAAGUAGGAGCAGCAGCUGUAUAGAAAACUACUUCAAUUUUGUCGAGCAGGCUGUCUGUGUUUGCGAUCGACAUCGACCACAUCGGAAUCAUGACGAUGCACUGAUGUUUUACCAAUACAUGAUCAUAGGAGGGGAAACGAUACCACCUCGAUUUAUUUCGUCCACUCCACUCUUAAGAACAUUCCGAUUGUUCUCAUCUUGGCAUAAGUUAUUCUUUUUUCUUGCUAACUCCGCCUUUAAUCCGUCUAUAUAUACACCAAACGUCAAAGAAGCCGGCACUCUCAUCACUCGUAGAUUGAAGUGCAAAUUUCCAUUCAUGGGCCUCUUCAGAUCUGCAGGGAAGGUCUACAAACCAGCCCCCGAUGUCAAUCUUGGCCCCGACAGCAAGGAAUCCUAUCUGCAUGCUAAUGUGAAAGCUCCUCGGGUGGCGGGGUUUCUUGUGAAGAUUUUUGUGUGGAUUUUGGAGUCGAGGAUUUUUGGACCGAUCGCGGUGUAUAUACUGAAAAAGGAUAAUCUCAUCCACAAGCUUGUCUCAUUUGCCGUGAUCCAGGAGCCACCUCUGUUCACCAACACCCAUAAUUGGGAAGACAUAGCAGAGCAAAAUGUUAAUCUCGUAAAGCACAACUUAUCUCCUGCUGAGCGAGUUCGAGAAGCCAUGGAUUGUCUUCCUCCUUGCCUGGAAUCUACCCUGAAUAGUCCGGGUUCUAGCUUCAAGCGUUGGACCAUACGGGACUUCUCAAGGGCCUAUAGAUCAGGAGAAACAACUCCUCUUGCGGUAGCAAAGCGAUUUUCAGUGGCUGUGGAGGAGUCUACAGAUCUCCAAAUGGCUUUCUUCAUCAAUUACAAUGCUCGAGAUAUUCUAAGGCAGGCUGAAGAGUCAACACUUCGAUACAAGAGGGGGGCCCCAAUUUCAGUGAUGGAUGGAGUACUAGUUGCCAUCAAAGAUGAGAUCGAUUGCCUGCCCUAUACUACUACUGGAGGAACAAAGUGGUUGCACAAGGUGAGACCUUGUGCAAAUGAUGCAACCUGUGUCAAGCAAUUGAGAUCAUGUGGUGCUAUAUUUGUUGGCAAGACUAACAUGCAUGAACUCGGUGCCGGGACCAGCGGGAUCAAUCCUCACUAUGGGUCUACUAGAAAUCCGUAUAACAUCAACAGGGUUUCUGGAGGCUCCUCAAGUGGAUCAGCUGCAGUAGUGUGUGCUGGAUUAUGCCCUGUUGCACUUGGUGUUGAUGGGGGAGGGUCGGUGCGGAUGCCUGCUGCUCUCUGUGGCGUAGUCGGUUUCAAGGCGACCUCUGGACGCUUGUCUAAUUCAGGUACCCUUCCGCUGAAUUGGACAGUUGGAAUGCCAGGCAUAUUAGCAGCAACUGUUGAAGAUGCACUAAUAGUUUAUGCAGCUAUUUCUGGUAACCUCUCUGGUCACCAAGCACCUUUGCAGCCUAAAUUGAGUUUUCCUCUGCUGACAUCCACACAAUCAAUCACGAACAUCAAAUUAGCCAAAUAUGGGGAGUGGUUUAAUGACUGCACAAGUGAAAUUAGAAAUUGCUGUGACCAAGCUUUGCAAAUGCUAUGCAAGCAUUAUGGGUGGAAGACUCUGGCUGUGACUGUACCUGAGAUAGAAGAGAUGCGUUUGGCUCAUUAUAUAACAAUUGGAUCUGAAUGCACUGCUUCAUUGGCUCCACAUCUCGAAAAACUGAAUUUUGCAGAGAUAGGGUGGGAUGCAAGAAUAGCUCUUCGUGUCUACCGUUCAUUCAGCAGCAAGGAUUAUUUGAAUGCUCAGCGGAUAAGGAACCGUCAGAUGUACUUCCAUAAGAAGAUUUUUGAAAGGGCGGAUGUCAUUGUCACACCGACAACUGGUGUCACUGCAUACCCACUGCUAAGUGAUGCCUUGAAUAGUGGAGAACUCGAUUACAUAAAUGGAGCGGCACUUGUGAGGUUCUCAAUAGCAGGAAAUUUUCUUGGCUUGCCUACAAUUACUACUAUGGUUGGGUAUGACAAGGGGGGCAUGCCUAUUGGCCUUCAGUUUAUUGGGAGACCAUGGUCCGAAGCAACCUUACUCCAUUUAGCAUUUGCCAUGGAGGCUCUAUGCAUUGGUAGUUACAGAAAGCCAAAGGUGUUCUAUGACCUCCUGAAGAAGGAAUAGAGAAAGCCGGUUAUGCUAUAUUUCCAAAAAAAUGUUGGCCUAGAGGAAGGCAGAAAGUUAGUUGAGCCAUCAUUAAACAAAAGGAGUGGCAUUUUGAUCUGGGUAAUUAUCACGCAAAGAGGGCAGUGCCUUCAACACCAUAUUAUAGGGUGUGAAUGAUUCCAGUACUGUAAAGUUGGGAUUGGCCAUAUAUGUGAACAUUAGUAAGCUUAGUUCCUUUUAUUGUUCCCUAAUUAUAUAAUAUGCAAAUCCUCACUGAAUUUUUUUCUGAAUUCACCACAUUUUUCA